AUGCAGUUCACCACCGCCCUCCUCGCUCUCUGCGCCAGCACCGCCACCGCCGCCGUCCUCCCCCGCGACAACCAAGGCCAGUGGAGCGUCCAUGUCACCACCGGUCCCGCUGAGGGCCAAAUCUACCUUCACGCUGAGUUCACAAACGACGAGUACGCCGGAGACGACAAGCUGAGGAACACCUGCGUCGAGGCUCAGGAUCCCUUCUUCCACAACUGCGACCGCACCACCUUUGACUUCUCCUACGACGGAAAGGUCGUCACCCUCCAGGAGACUCUUCCCAACGGCGCUGUCGUCUACGGCGAGGCUCCUCUCGAGGUCACCACCGACAUUGGUGCUGGCCGCAAGGAGGACAGCAUUGUCAUCCCUGUUUCCAAGGCUGUUAUCUAA